AUGAAAAGCCUCGGAGUCACGCUGGUCAGCAUUGCUGCCACCGCGACUGCCACCGCAACCUCUACGUCUGCCCCUGCAUCUGGUCCAACUGGCUCUACGUAUGCCUCUGGAUUUGACAUGACCAAGAGCUGGGCCAACCUUAGUCCCUACAGAGACGCAGAUGGCUUCAGCAUUCCCAAAGGUGUGCCCGAGGGGUGUGAAUUAUCCCAGGUGCACGUUCUGCAUCGUCACGCUCAGCGGUUCCCUACCAACUACCCGUUGGAUGGUGAAGGUAUGCAGGAUUUCGCAACCAAGAUCACCAAUUACAGCAAGGCCCACCCGGGAAAGGCUAUUGGCACCGGCCCUCUCAAAUUUCUCAACAAUUGGGAUUACGUCAUUGGAGAUGACACUUUGAUGGAGAAUGGUGCAGCAACUGAGGCUACAUCUGGAGCAAACUUCUGGAUCAACUAUGGUCGGCUUUUGUACCGCGCAGGUCGGGAGAACGUGGCUGCUUGGAGCUCAUCCUUGAAUGUGUACGCCAACGGUACCUCUCGCCCCAAGCCGGUCUUCCGUACUACUUCACAGGCGCGUAUCCUGGAGAGCGCUCGGUGGUGGCUCAGUGGCUUCUUUGGAAACAGCGGUGCAAACAGUUCGUACAGUCAAUACGACCUUGUUGUGAUUCCCGAGGAGUCUGGUUUCAACAACACCUUGGCUUCAUAUGAGGCGUGUAUGGGCGAUAUGUCUGAGGGCGACGACUCUGCUGAGGUCUUCAUUGCCCGGUAUACCAAGGACGCUCAGUCUCGUCUCGCGUCCUACUUCCCUAGCGAUUUUAACGUAACUGCCUCCGACGUGCUCGCCAUGCAGAACCUAUGUGUUUAUGAGUACACCAGUCUUGGCGGCUCAUAUUUCUGCUCUCUCUUCACUGAACAAGAGUGGAAGGACUUUGAAUACAACGUUGACAUUCAGUACUACGGAGACUACGCAUACGGCUCGCCUACCGGUCGCGCUCAAGGCAUUGGCUAUGUCCUGGAACUCGCCGCUCGUCUCCAGCGAAAGCUUAUCACCUCCAGCGAUACCAGCAUCAACUACACCUACGACAACAACCUGAAGCAGUUUCCCUUUGACCAGCCUUUCUACAUGGACAUGUCUCACGAUGAUAUCAUCCUCUCUGUGAUCAACGCACUCGGUCUUGACUACUUCAAAUUUGGCCCUCAUGGUCUGCCUGGCAACGUCGACCAUGCGCCCAAGCGGAACUUCUCCCUCCAACAAAUGACUCCAUUUGGUGCUCGCUUUUUGUCUGAAAUCUGGACUUGUCCAAGCAACACGUCUUUCAGCAACCUUGGGCCUGUCCUUCUCAACAACCCCACCGUUGAGUCCACCAAGAACACCACGACCUACAUUCGGUUUGUGCUGAACAACGCCCCUCUGCCUCUAGAUGGCCUUGUGGGCUGUGAGACUGCCAGUCAAGGUUUCUGCCCCGUUGAAAAGUUCCUACGUGGUGUGCCUACACUGAAGCAAAAGGCCGAGUACCAGAAAGCCUGUUUUGGCAACUACACUACUGGACACCAGGUCGCGGAUGGUGUCCCUGACUCUUAA